AUGAUCCAGCUCCUCUACACGGUGAUCUUCGCCGAAAUGGCGCUAAUCCUCCUUCUCCUCUUCAAAACCCCUCUCCGGAAACUAAUCAUCCUCACCUUCGAUCGCAUCAAGCGCGGCCGCGGCCCUGUCGUCGUCAAAACCAUCGGCGCCACCGUCUUCGUCGUUCUGAUGUCGAGCGUCUACAGUUUGCUAAACAUCCAGCGCUUAUCCAUUGACGGUGCCGCUCUCAAUCCUACUGACCAGGUCCUCGCGUCGAAACAUCUCCUCGAAGCUUCUCUAAUGGGAUUUGUGCUAUUUCUCUCGCUCAUGAUUGAUAGACUACACCAUUACAUCAGAGAGCUUCGUUUGCUGAGGAAGACGAUGGAGACAGCGAAGAAACAGAACAGAGGUUUCGAGGAUGGGAAGAACACGAGCGGGGAAGAAAUCAAAGCCCUCGGGGAACAAAUUGCGGGAUUAAAAGCAAAGAUCAAGACGUUAGAAGCGGAGAGCGAGAGCAGAGGUAAAGAACUGAAAGGUGCGCAAGCUGAAACAGAGGCAAUGAGGAAACAGGCUGAUGGGUUUCUUAUGGAGUAUGAUAGGCUUCUUGAGGAUAAUCAGAAUCUGAGGAACCAGUUGGAGUCCAUUGACCAAAGUCCUGAAGGAAAGAAGAGUACGUGA